GAAGAAUUUUCUUACUCCAGUAUAGGUUUGCAUAUAUUUAAGAUUUUGCAAAUUAAAUGGUUAGGAUAAGAAACAGUUGCUUGAGCAAGCAUGAAACAACGAGGCAUAUGCAUUGGGAACCACCAAUGCAGAUGCAGAAGCAGAAGAGGAAAAAUUGGUGAAAGCCGGCAAUAAGAAUACAAUAACCUCGACGACGUCAUUGUGGGUUCAAGGGCUAUGGAGAGGGCAAUAAUUGGACGUCCGAUCAGGGGUAGCAUUCCAUCAUCAUUGACAGGUACAUCAUUAAGAGGAGGAAAUAGAUUGUUAGUUGCUUCUUCUGGUCUUGCACUUUCUUCUAUGCGGGUUUUUCUUAAACACAGCUCUGCAUCCAUCCCCAGUUUGAAACGUAUUGGCAAUGCAUUUAUAUGCCGCAAAAAACAAUACCCAUUUCUUGUUUUGAUAUCUGAUAAGUCUUGCUCAACUCUGUCAUUUGGAGAGAAGGUUUCGUUUAUGGCAGCGCAUAAAACAUCUCAAGGUAAAACUGAAGAUGAAAAUGAGUACAAACAUACGGUUGACUUACCUCAGACGAGUUUUACCCUCAGAGCAAAUUCAACAACACGUGAACCAGAAAUACAGAAGCUGUGGGAUGAGAAGCAGAUAUUAAAUCGGGUUGCAAACAAGAAUAAGGGGGAUAUUUUUACUCUUCACGAUGGUCCUCCUUAUGCCAAUGGAGACUUGCAUAUUGGACAUGCCUUGAACAAGAUACUGAAAGAUUUUAUCAACAGAUAUAAGCUGCUUGAAGGGUAUAAGGUGCACUAUAUACCUGGUUGGGAUUGCCAUGGCCUGCCCAUUGAGCUCAAAGUGCUGCAGUCUAUAGACCAAGAAGCAAGGAAAGAGCUUACACCAUUGAAAUUAAGAAAGAAAGCUGCCCAAUUUGCGAAGAAAACUGUUAAUGCUCAAAGGAAAUCAUUUAGGAGAUAUGGAAUAUGGGGAGAGUGGGACAAUCCAUAUCUAACACUUACUCCAGAGUAUGAAGCUGCACAGAUUGAGGUAUUUGGGCAAAUGUUUUUUCUGGGCCAUAUCUAUAGAGGCCGGAAACCGGUUCAUUGGAGCCCCUCGUCUUGCACUGCACUGGCUGAAGCUGAGUUGGAGUAUCCAGAGGGACACAUAUCAAGAAGUGUUUAUGCUGUUUUUAAAGUGGUUAACGUAGCAGACACAGCUCCUGAUGUGCUGAAAGGAUUUCUACCCAGUUUGGGUUUGGCUAUCUGGACUACAACCCCAUGGACAAUUCCUGGAAACGCUGCUGUUGCAGUCAAUGGUCAGCUUCUUUAUGCAGUGGUUAAGGUAAGAGCAAAAUCAUCUAUAGAUACUCUUACCACAGGUGCUAAAAAGCUUGUUUUUGAAAGCAGCCAACAUAUUAUAGUGGCAGCAGAUCUAGUUAGCACUCUACAAUUGAAGUGGGGAGUUGAACUUGAAGUGUUGGGAACAUUUCGUGGGUCAGAGCUUGAAAAUUGUAGGUAUACUCAUCCCUUAGAAAAUAGGGAGUGCCCUGUUGUUCUAGGUGGGGAUUACAUAACAACGGAAUCUGGAACAGGGUUGGUUCAUACUGCCCCAGGCCACGGGCAAGAAGAUUUUUUGACUGGCAUGAAAUAUAGGCUUCCAGUACUGUCUCCUGUAGAUGAUAAUGGCAAAUUUACUGAAGAAACUGGGCAGUUUGCUGGUUUGGAUGUCUUGGGUGAUGGAAACGUGGCAAUUGUGAAGAGCUUAGAUGAACACUCAAGUCUUAUUAUGGAAGAAGCGUAUAAACAUAAAUAUCCUUAUGAUUGGAGGACAAAGAAGCCUACGAUAUUUAGAGCAACGGAACAGUGGUUUGCCUCUGUGGGGGGCUUCAGGCAAGCUGUUUUGGAUGCUAUCAAGAAUGUGAAAUGGGUUCCUUCCCAGACUGAGAACCGGAUAACAUCCAUGAUAGUGAGCCGAUCUGAUUGGUGCAUUUCACGUCAGAGAGCAUGGGGUGUGCCUAUUCCAGUUUUUUAUCAUGUGAAAUCUGGCAAGCCAUUGAUGAAUAAAGAAACUAUAGCACAUAUAAAAUCUGUUAUUGCAAAAAAUGGGAGUGAUGCAUGGUGGCACAUGAGCAUUGAGGAACUCCUCCCAGAAAGUUAUCGCAGCGAAGCAGGAAACUAUAAAAAGGGUAUGGAUACCAUGGAUGUUUGGUUUGAUUCGGGGUCUUCUUGGGCCGCUGUUGUCGAAAAAAGAGAGGAACUAGCUUACCCUGCCGAUCUAUAUCUCGAAGGAAGUGAUCAACACAGAGGGUGGUUUCAAAGUUCCUUGUUAACCAGUAUUGCCACCAGAGGACAGGCACCAUACAAGAGUGUUCUAACUCAUGGAUUUGUCUUGGAUGAGAGGGGUCUGAAAAUGAGUAAAUCACUAGGAAAUGUUAUAGAUCCCCAAAUUGUAAUUGAAGGCGGUAAGAAUCAAAAGGAGGCUCCCGGAUAUGGAGCAGAUGUCCUACGACUUUGGGUGUCAAGUGUGGAUUAUUCUGGUGAUGCAAUGAUUGGUCCACAAAUCCUCAAGCAAAUGUCUGAUAUAUACAGAAAACUGCGUGGAACAUUGAGAUAUCUUCUUUCAAAUCUUCAUGAUUGGAAGCCAGAAAAUUCUAUUAUCUAUAAGGAUCUUCCAAUGAUUGAUAAGUAUGCACUGUACCAACUAGCUAAUGUUAUCAGCAAUAUCAAACAGAGCUAUGGGAGCUAUCAGUUCUAUAAAAUUUUCCAAACUAUUCAACGCUUUGCAAUUGUAGACUUAUCAAAUUUUUACUUUGAUGUUGCCAAAGAUCGGCUUUAUGUUGGUGGUAAAAACAGCCAAACAAGGAGGGGUUGCCAAACCGUUCUUGCAGCUCAUCUACUUUGCAUUGUGCGAGCUAUAGCUCCAAUUCUACCUCACAUGGCUGAGGAUGCAUGGCAGCAUAUGCCAUUUACACAUUUCAGGGAAGAUGGCUCAGCAGCAGAGUUUGUUUUUGAAGCACAAUGGCCAAGGAUUGAUGAUGAAUGGUUAAAACUAACAAAACAGGAUGUUAAGUACUGGGAAAAUGUCCUUGAGAUUAGAACAGAGGUGAACAAGGUCUUGGAGAUGGCUAGAGGUGGAAAACUGAUCGGUGCAAGUUUAGAUGCUAAGGUUUAUUUAUGCAGCUCCGAUGUAAACCUGCUUAGAAGAUUCCAUGAGAUGUCUACACUAGGUGAUGAUGCAGACAAGUUACAUAGGAUUUUUAUAACUUCUCAGGUUGAAGUUCUACCUUCAAUGGAACACACAUCUAGCACUGGUGCAGCUUACACUGGAACCUAUUCUUCACCAGGAGCAGGUGAAUUGUGGAUUGGGGUAUCUCGUGCAGAUGGGGCCAAAUGCAAAAGGUGUUGGAUCUACUCUCAAGCAGUUGGCUCAUUUGUGGAUCAUCCCACGCUUUGUGAGCGUUGUUACAAAGUGAUCUCAAAUCUUGAAUCAGCAAGUCCUAAAAUAGUUAUGGCUGCCUAACAGUAAUUUAUUACCUCAAUAGUUCAUCUUCUGGAAAUCUAAAUCUUGCAGCAUGCAGAUCAGUAUCAGUUGAUAUAUUUCGCUGGAGAUGAAAGACAAGUUUUCAGCUGCUAUACUUACAAUAAAAUCAAAAUCAUCUAAUUUGGAUACUCUGAACAAUUUAAUUCAUAUGCAAUGUAGUUGUUUACUAUGGAGAGUAAGAAGAGAUAAGCAUUCUGAUUAUUUAAAAUUUUUUAAUCUGAGAUAACAAAUUCCUGCUGCCGUUGGCUUGAGUUGUAUGGUAUCUAUCUAAAAAGUUCCUUGUGAUCAAAGUAUGGAUGUUCUUUUCCUUU